UAAAAGCGAGCGUCUUAAAAGCAACAACAAUAAAACAGCAAUUAGUAGCAAUAUAUUUAAGAAAAGUUAAAAUUUACGCCUUUUAAAUGCGUACGCACGGUAUCUUUAUCGCUUUCUUUACUGAAGUAGCAGUAGUAUUUUUGCCUAUAUAUUUGUUUCUUUCUUGUUGUGUGGUUGUGUUCGUAAAACUGAUUUGUGCAGAGGUAUCCGCGUGUUGCUUUUUCAAGUGCUUUGAUGAUUUCGUAAGAAUAUUUUCAUUUUUCAUUAGACUUUAUCCUCGAAUUCAGAAAUAAGUGCGGAGAAGUAAAAUAAUUUUUGCAAAUACAAGAGAAGGUCGCAACUGUAUCCCAUGUGCCUAAAAGGAAGUAAAAGCAAUUGAAUGGAUAAUAAACGAAUUGCAGUUGUAUUAAAUGGAGAAAAGAUGGAUGCUGCAAAUACUUCAAACGUGAUACCGUCUGUUAAUUCAGAAUCUUCGUCUUCCACAAGUACAGUAACAGUAAACAAAAAGGAAUUAUCUUCAUCGACUUCUGUGAUAACAUCUGUUGGCGUUGAGAUUGUUGCUUCUUCUCCAACUAGUCGUUCAACAUCAGAUGCCAUCCGUGGUCCUACGUCAUGUCACAAUUUAGAAACAUCUCCACUUUCGACCCCUAAGAAAAGUACUCUCGAUCCUGCAAUGUUACAGUCCAUUCACCAAAAACUCAGCACGCCAGGAAAAACGUGCGAGUUGCAAUCAUUGCAUUUGGAUCACGAGGGGGAUGUAACAAAUGUUAAUUUCAUCAAAGAUCGUUAUAUAAUUUAUACUCAACCAGCCAAAGAAACAGUUCCUGCAAAUUCAAAUACACCAACGUACAGGCACUUAAUUGACUUGACCACGAAUUUAAAGUGCACAGAUGUAUUUUCAGGUGAACAAUAUCUAUGCAAAAUCAUUAAUGAACCACUUGAUAAAGUUCAGAAGGCAUAUUUUGCGCUGCAGCAUCAAAAAAAUCAACAAUGUCAAAGUUAUCUUUACGGCCAUCAACUUAUCCGUCCUGUAAAGGAUAUUUUACCUUUAAAUAAUCAACGUACGUACGUGAUUUUAUCUUCAAAACUUGUCUAUGAAGAUCUGCAUACAUAUAUUAGAAAUAAACGACGCCUGUGUGAGAAAGAAGCACGAGCGCUUUUUUAUCAAAUUUGCGAAACCGUGCGGACUUGUCAUCACAACGGUGUUAUAUUACGCGAUUUAAAAUUGAAACGUUUUUAUUUUGUUAAUAAUGCUAGAACAAUGCUCCAAUAUGAAUCACUUGAAGGCUCGAUGAUUCUUCAUAACCUGAAUGAUGAUACUUUAAGCGACAAGAUUGGGUGUCCCAUGUACACGGCGCCCGAGUUACUUUGUCCCAACCCUACUUAUCAAGGAAAACCAGCUGAUAUUUGGUCUCUCGGUGUAAUACUGUAUACUAUGCUUGUUGGUCAAUACCCUUUCUACGAGAAGGGUAAUUGUAAUCUCAUCACCAUUAUUCGACAUACUCAAGUUCAGAUACCAAGCUAUUUUACACAUUCAGUGCGUAAACUUUUGCUGGGCUUAUUAUGUAAAGAUUUUGUUAAACGUAUGCCAGUUGAUUAUAUCUUUCUCUCACCUUGGCUAAAAGAACAACGUCCCUUUUAUAUGUAUAUUCGUGUUGAAGAGGACUUCGUAGAUGAGGACACCAAUAAAACAGACCUGGAUGAUAAUUGUGGCGUACGGCUAUUAGAUCAUUCGAGUAAGGCGCUCAAUAGCAAUUGUGAAUUAUUCGCUGAAAUGGGUUGAUAGUUACAUUUUCAUUACAAAAUAAUAAAAUUGCGACGACAAAACAAAUGUGAGUAUACUAAGUUAAACUCGCUGGCGCGAUGACUUGGUUACAUUCUUUUCUUUCGUCAAGAGAUCAUCGAUAUUUGCCUCAUAUGUGAAGAAUGAGGAAUUUAAGUCUCAAACGAAUUUUUUGAUUCCAAAAUAAAAGUGAAGUAUUUUAUAUCGUAUACAAGGCAACACUACUACCACACUGCAAGUGUAUGUAAUAUGAUAAAAUCAUAUGGACUAAAGCGUUUGUGAUUCAUGAUAUAUGAUAAGAUAAAAGUGCCCGAUAUAUUGUUAAUAUUUUUUACUUCUUUCAAUACGUUUAUAUAGUACGAACGGUCUAAGUUUCAAUGGCUAGAUAUUGCGAAUUUUUUUCGCAUUGCUAACCGUAAUCGUAUCAACUGCUGCAUUUUUUCGUUACAUAUUUUAUUUACAAAAUCACUGAAUAAUUUUUUUUUAUAGAUAAAUUUGUACAAAGUAAUUUUUUGUUUGUUUUAUAGCCCAGUUAAUAUAUUAAGAGAAUUCGAUUACUUUACUCAUUUAUAUUGUGCAAUUCAAUGGGGCUGCGCGAUUGUGUCGAGCUAUGAAUGUUGGAAUGGCAACUCUAUAUAGUGAUCUGAUUAUGUUUAUUGCUUUUUUUCUAAUUGUAUAUUACGAAGAAACUUUUAUUAGUUUUAAUCCCUUUUUGAACAAUAAAGCACGUUACUUUCCAUUAUGAUGUAAAUUAUGGUGUUAUGGGUAAAAUAAUAAACAGCGAACUUAAAUAAGCAAAGUGCCAAGCUACGAGAAUAAAUUCGGAAGAAACAAUUAGUACCGUUCUUGUCUCAAUUUAACGUAAUCCAAAAAAAAAAAAGAAAAAACAUUUUCCAUCGACAUUGGUGGUUAAUAACUUCCCAAUUUGUUUUUAGACUUCCUCAUUAGUAAUAGCGAGAGCAUUAAUCGUGACAAGAAACAAUUUGAUUUUUUACCUGAACAAUUAGCUCAUAUCAAACAAGUCGUUAUGGAUUACCGUCAGAAAAUUAAUAUGGUUAUAAUAUAAUGUAAUACCCGUACAUAACUUCAGUUGCGAUAUAUCAGUUACAAGAACCUGUGGCAAAUGCUGGAGCGGCUGUGUUACCCGCAGUUAUUAGUGUUUACACGUUCAAGACUUAGUGCGGUUGAGCAUACUUGGCAUACAUGAGUACUAUGUUCAUAAAAGCAUAACCCACGAUACUGCGGUCGCUCCCUCUACAUCUGUUUCCGCAUUUGCUUCUACCCAUUAUCGUGUUACAACAUUAGGAAACAACCAUCUGAUUGUUUGUUUAUUUAAAAAAAAAAAUUAUAGCGUCUUGCGAUAGAUUUCUAUAACAAAAUAUACUUGGAUGCACACAAAUUCACUAUCAUAAAAAGCGGUAGGAAAUUGGGAAAUCUAAAAGUUAGAAUGUUCACGUGUAAUCGUUAAAAAAAUUCCGAAUUUGAGUGAGGCGUUGAUUGAUUGCGGAUCUCCAUCAAUUUAAAUUGCAUACUCGCCCUUUCUACUAUUAUACAAGGUGUAAUUUUCCAUGUUGAGUUUGAAUACUUAAAAUUCUACUUCGAAACAUGCCUAAUGCCCUAUUAGUUCAUUGUUAAACGCUUUUGAAUUAUUUUCGAAAGUUACUAUUGAGCAAUUAAAUUAAUACCGCUACCGUCCAGUCUUUCUUAUUAUCGUAAGCCAAAUACAUUGAGAACGCCCAGCUAAAGUUAAAGUGGAAUAUUUCCCAAGAAAACCCGUAUUCGUUAUUGUAGAAGAGCUACCAGGUAUGACAAUCCUAGUCACUGUUUUGUUGUUUACAUUAGAAUACCGUAUAUAUCACGAGUAAUAUGACGGUAGCUGUGAGUAUGUAAAAGAGAAUUAUCCUUUAUUUACUUUGCAGCACCUACGAAAGCAGAUUUGACGAAAUGUGUUUACUGGAAAACAAGAAUCGUCAAAGUCUAGAAAACAAAACAACUCUCUCUCAGUUUUUCCUCAUCACGAGAUUUAUUCAAGGUUUUUAAU